GAUGAUAAAUUAAACCUGGAUCACUCCCAAAGGCCCAAGAUCUCAAAAAAUAACAUCUUCAUUUCACAUCAUUCAAAUCAAUUAUAAUUUAUAAUGGUUACAGCUGUUGAACAACAUUUGAAACCUAUUGCUUCAUUCUUGAAAGUAAAGCUAAAAACCAAUACAAAAGACGGAAAGAGCCCUGCAGGGAAUGGAGUGAUUUCCACAAUAUUUAAAUUAUUGGAAGAUUCAAAAUCAAACUUGGGACCAUCUAAUACGGGCGAAAGUGCUGAAAUCCAGCAGUGGAUUGAAUACGGACUUCUCUAUUUGUCUAAAACACAAGGUUCAAAUCUCAACUUCAUCUUAUGUGAAUUGAACGGAUUUCUAUCUACAAGAACCUACUUUGUUGCACAUAGGUUCACAAUAGCUGAUGCUUUUUUAUUUUACAAGUUACACACUGUCAUGGAAUCACUGGCAACCCUGGAAAAGGAAAGAUAUCUGAAUGUCUGCAGGUGGUUUGAUAACUUACAGGGUGAUAAUACUCUGAGACAGAAUAGAACAUUGAUUAAUUUCAGUACAAACUACCUGGGUCGGUUAUCGUGCAGGGGACCUAUAGAG